CCCGCAUCGUUUGCCCAUUCCGUGUCCAAACCCAAGGUAUUGGAGGGACCGCUGUACAUGGAGGAUCUGUCUCUCGUCUCCAUGGGGGAAAGUUGUCUUGAGGAUGAUUUUAAGUCCCCCAGAAGGAGGACCCCGUUAAGCGAAGUUCAACUUGAAGAAAUAGCACCAAGAUGUAAUGCUACCGGACCCCCUCUGUUAUCCCGAAUAAAGAAAAAGAUACGAUGUUCUGGGUCGACUGCAAGAUCCCAGUUGGUGAAAUUUAUUCCAAUCCUUGGCUGGCUGCCACAUUAUCGAGUGAAAGAAUGGCUAGUUGGGGACAUAAUAUCCGGUAUCAGCGUGGGGACCGUUCAGCUUCCACAAGGUCUUGCCUGGGGUCUCCUGGCUGGAGUACCCCCCGUGUUUGGUUUAUAUUCUUCAUUUUAUCCUGUAUUUAUCUACUCAUUAUUUGGAACAUCCAAACAUCUCUCUAUUGGUACAUUCGCUGUAAUGUCUGUGAUGGUGGCAACUGUCACGGAGUCGCUGGCUCCAAAUGAGAAUUUCCUGUUACCGGGCAACGAUUCCGUCAUCGAUAUAGUAGCGCGAGACCAGGCCAGGGUGGAAGCCGCUUCAGCGCUAUCUUUGCUGAUUGGCAUCUUUCAGAUCGCUCUGGGGCUGAUGCGGUUCGGUUUUGUUUCAAUGUAUCUCUCCGAUCCCCUAAUUCGUGGAUACACCACUGCCGCUGCCUUCCACGUCACGAUGUCUCAACUGAAAAGCAUUCUUGGCGUGGAGAUCAGUCAGAAAAGCCAACCUCUGUCUCUAAUUCAGGCUUUCGUCACUCUCUGCGCCAAAACACCCCAAACAAACAUUGGCUCGCUUGUUACCGGAAUCAUCGCCAUGAUUGUUCUGUUUACGGUGAAACUGCUGAAUGAGAAUUACCACUCAAAGAUCCGAUUUAUAAUACCGAUCGAGCUCAUUACGUUAAUUGUUGCCACUGGGAUAUCCUAUGGAGUCAAUCUGAAUGAAAAGUUUGGAAUGGAAGUUGUUGGGGACAUUCCAGUAGGGAUAAAAGCUCCAGUUGUACCGAACAUUAGCCUUUUUAGACACAUGAUCGGCAACGCGUUCGCCCUAGCUGUUGUCGUCUACGCCUUUAACAUAUCUUUGGCCAAAAUGUUUGCCAUUAAAUACGGCUACAACGUAGACAGCAACCAGGAGCUGAUGGCCAUAGGCAUCUGUCACACCGUCGGCAGCUUCUUCCAAUGUUUCAGCGUUGCGACCGCCAUGGCCAGAUGUUUAGUUUUGGAAAGCACUGGAGGCAACAGUCAGGUGUCUGGAUUCAUAUCCUCCCUGAUGAUCCUCGUCAUCAUUCUCAAGGCUGGCGAGUUGUUUGAAACGCUACCAAAAACAAUAUUAGGCGCGAUUGUUAUUGUGAAUUUGAAGGGUAUAUUCAUGCAGUUUUCUGAUGUCCCGGGGCUGUGGAGAGCAAACAAAACUGACUUGCUGGUCUGGAUAGUGACGUUCUUGGCUACUAUAUUACUGAAUAUGGACAUGGGGCUAGCAGUUUCAGUGGCUUUUUCCCUUGCGACAGUCAUUGCAAGAACACAACUACCUCAUUACUCCAUUCUUGGACAGAUUUCCAACACAGAGAUCUACAGAGAUGUCGAGCUGUAUGGACAGGUUACGGAAGUUCCGGGUGUAAAGAUAUUCCAAUCAUCGUGUACUCUCUACUUCGCGAAUGCUGAUUUAUAUGCUGACGCUCUAAAAAAGAUGUGUGGUGUAGAUUUGGACAAGCUAAUCAAGAUGAAGAAAAAAGCAAUAAAAAAACACAGAAGAAUACAGGAAAAAGCUAAGAAACAAAGGAAAAGUGGUGCCAAAGGCGAAAUAGAGAAUGAAUUAAAGGCUAUAUCUCCUGAACUUGCUGCAGCUACGAGGGCAGAAGACAAAAGUUUGAUAAAUGUCUCCGAAGAAACCGCUCCGGACUACUGGGGACCUCAUAAAUGUCCGUUCCACUCCCUAAUCCUGGAUUUAAGCACCGCCAGCUUUUUAGACACAGUCAGUGUUAAGGUUUUGAGAAACAUCAUUCGUGAUUUCCAGGAAAUUGAUGUGAAAGUAUACCUAGUUGGAUGUCAUGCUUCGGUCGUUAAACAGCUGGAACUGGGACAAUUUUUCAAUAACACGAUCGCCAAAGACCAGCUGUUUUCAUCAAUUCACGAUGCUAUAAGUUAUAUCUUCAGGAACUUGGAUCAAAGCAUAACCAUAGUCAAUGGAGGAGAUGUGGUUGACCUGUCUUGA